UAAUCUCCACCAAAUUCUCCAGUUUUUUUUUUUUUCUCUUUCAUCUACAAUCACAGUACUCAUCUAUGGCGAUUUCUCAAGCUCAACCUCUGCUUCUUCUCCUCAUAUCUCUCUUCCUCUUGCCUGCUUUGCACGCCACUUCUUUCUCCUACUGCGAUAAGAGGCUCGAUCCCGUCAAGGUCACGGGUGUGAAGAUCUCUCCUAACCCCGUUGUGAGUGGUGAAGCUGCAACAUUUAAGAUUUUGGGUUCUACUGGCGAAGAUAUCUCUGGUGGAAAAGUAGUGAUCAGGGUUUCAUACUUUGGGAUUCCUGUCCAUACCGAAACUCAUGACCUCUGCGAGGAGACGGCCUGUCCGGUUGCACCAGGCAACUUUGUGCUCUCUCAUUCUCAAACCCUCCCCUCAAUUACGCCGCCUGGCACUUACACGCUGAAGAUGACGAUAAACGACAAGAAUGGCGGAAGACUAACGUGCAUCAGCUUCAAAUUCAAGAUCACAUUAAAAUCCGCGGUCUUUGCUAUUUAAAGUUUUAUGGUGUUAAAUACGUUGACGUCUUUGUGAAUCUCUCUGUGUUUACUUUUGUGGUGUCUAAAUAGGGAAUCUGCGCUUUUGAGACUUGUGUUGAUAAUCUACAUGGAACAAAGAGUGAACAGACCAUUAUCUGCUAUUAAGCUUAUUAUUUAUA